UCCUCCUGCCGUCACUGAUAGGAGGCGUGGUGCAGCUGCUUGAAGGGGAAAAGGUCUUCGGAGGAGCCGGGCAUGUUCAAACAUAUCCAGGCAGACCAACCCUCCAACUUCCACGGCGCGUCAUUGCGCACGGGUUGGAUUUGUUCUCAGACCCUGUGGUAGCUUCUGUGUGGGCUGUUAUCACUAAUGCCAAAGCUCAAACCGAUAUGUUUCCCUGAGGGAUACAGCACAAGUCGAUAUUUAAUGGAUUCAUCUUGAGACGCAAGAAGUUGUUCGAGUUGCGCUUCUUUCCGAACACUUUCGUGACCAUGUCCUUCCCGGCCAAAGUGAUGCGAGACGGGCUGCUGGAGAAGCGCGGCAGCGGGCUGCUCCAGCUGUGGAAGAAGAAACGCUGCGUCCUCACCGAGGAAGGCUUGCGUUUGCACAACUGCAAAGGCGGCGGUGAUGCUUCUCGUUCGGCGUGGAGCUCCAAAGCCAAGGAGCUGCUCUUCGAACGAAUGGCCACGGUGGACUGCGUGGAGUACAAGCGAGGACUGGUGUACUUCACCGUGGUCAUGGCUACGGGGAAGGAGAUCGACUUUCGCUGUCCGCAGGACGGCACAGCUUGGAACGCCGAGAUCGCUUUGGCACUGGUGCGCUACAAGAACCUGCAGGCUGUGAAGAGCGGCAGGAAAAGGCACCUGUCCAGUGCGCACCUGGGUAGCACUGGCGAGGAUGAGGAGCUCUGACUUGGUGAAGCCUUUCUUCUUCCUGGGAGCCAACCAAUCAGAGGGGAGAAGGGUAGAGAUCCACGGCCCUCAUUCUGUGGUGCAAAGCAUCUGUUGAUAUGGAUCAAAAGACUGCGAAGAAGUGUAAAAGAUGCUCUUCUUUUUUUCCGUCAUGAACUUAUCUAUGCUUUCAUACAACGUAUAUACACCUGGGGUACUGGAACAGUGAAUAAUGUUUUUUUUCUGUCCUGACCUUGUUGCUUGAAGUCAAUAUGGAGACUCCUAUGCUAUGCAUUUUGGAGCUGGGACACCUCUGUGCCUUCAUGUUUCAAAAAUGUCUAUAUUUUUGGCUGCCAUUUUUCAAUGUUUUUGAUGCUGCUGAAACAGGAGUCACUUUUGAUAUAAUUGCUUUGAAAACGUUUGCUACGAACUGAAAAGAUCGGCACGGUUUUCUAACAGUUUAACAUGAAGAAUAAGUGUGUAGUGUUGUUGUAUUCUAUAUAUUUGUUGAAACCGUGUACAGUAUUACAGUUGUAAAAAGAAGAAUACAUUUUUGUAAUUCUUAUGUUUGCCUUGAGUUUGUAUUUCUGAAACAAUGCUACUGUUCUCCUGCAACGUCUCUUAGUACUAAACAGUCAGCUGUGAUUUAGACCAUUAAUUUAAGCUCAUCUGUUUCUGGUUGUGUUGUAAUCUUGCUGUUCUAGCCUCUGGAAAAUACACACACCCCAGUUAAACACA